CUUCAUAUGGCCCGAGGGCGAAGAUGAUGUAUAUUCAUAUGGAACUUUGUAAGGAGUCAUUGGAGUCUAAAUUAGUGGAGGAGGAGGAGCUACCUAGGCAUAUGGCAUGGAGUUACUUUCGGCAGAUUUUGGAGGCUUUACAGUUCAUACACGGCAAAGAUAUUAUUCAUCGGGACUUGAAGCCGAAUAAUAUUUUCAUAGACGACAGUGGAACAGUGAAAAUUGGGGACUUUGGAUUAGCUCUGCAAAUGGAUGUCAGUUCAACCACAAAUUCGUCACCAGUUGGUGCGUAUCUCUACCGUGCACCUGAAAUGAAAAAGGGGGUGUGCAUCACCAACAAGGUGGACAUGUAUGCCUUGGGGUUGAUUCUAUUCCAGCUGUUUGGUCCCCGGCGAGAUACUGCGAUCCAAAGGUUGAAAGAUUCGGCAUCGCCCAGGCAAGUUUGCGAAAUUUGCGAAAAGUAUAAGGUGGAUGAAACUGCCAAGCCCCUGAUCUUGAAGCUACUUCGGACAGAUCCAUUGAAACGGCCUUCUGCUGCUGAUCUUUUACAGGAUUUAGAUACAUUGGAGGGGAAAAAACAAGAAGCACAACUACAGAAACUUUCAUAGCAUUUGGAAACUGACAUUUAGCAACUGCGAUGGGCCAUGCAGUUGGCUGUGCCUAAAGCCCUAGAACAUGGAUGCUGUUUAUCACUGUUUGAGUAGAUUGUGGAGUACUGUGUCUCGAACGAGCGUUUGACACUUGCAAUGUUGUGCACAUGGUGCUAUGUCACCUAGACUCCUUUUUGAUAUUGUAUAAUGAAUUUGUUUCUGCAACAAUGCUAUUUUGAAGUAUGCCAAAGGCAUUAGGACAUUUCUGUUAACAUUCUGGUGUUUGGGCAAUUUCUGUUACUGAAAAGAG